UGAAAGUACAUAUUUGACAGGGCACAGUCAGGCAGAGCCCGUACUCCAGCUUAGCGUUCAGUUAGGCACAGACGCCCCAAGCCCCUCGCUCCCAGUCUCUCCCUGCUUUUUCAUUUGGACGUGUCGGUGCCGGCGAGUAUCAAUAAGCAGCCAUGGAUGCCAUCAAGAAGAAGAUGCAGAUGCUCAAGCUCGACAAGGAGAAUGCCUUGGACAGAGCUGAGCAGGCCGAGUCAGACAAGAAAGCAGCAGAGGACAGAAGCAAACAGCUUGAGGACGAUUUGGUAGCUCUGCAGAAGAAGCUCAAGGGAACUGAGGAUGAACUGGACAAGUACUCCGAGGCUCUUAAAGAUGCCCAGGAGAAACUUGAGCUGGCUGAGAAGAAAGCUACCGAUGCUGAGGCAGAUGUCGCUUCCCUUAACAGACGUAUCCAGCUGGUUGAGGAGGAGUUGGAUCGUGCUCAGGAGCGUCUGGCUACUGCCCUGACCAAGCUGGAGGAGGCUGAGAAGGCUGCCGACGAGAGCGAGAGAGGCAUGAAGGUCAUUGAGAACAGAGCCAUGAAGGAUGAGGAGAAGAUGGAGAUCCAGGAGAUCCAGCUCAAAGAGGCCAAACACAUCGCUGAGGAGGCUGACCGCAAGUAUGAGGAGGUGGCUCGUAAACUGGUCAUCAUUGAGGGUGACCUGGAGCGCACAGAGGAGCGUGCUGAGCUGUCAGAAAGAAACGCUCGGAGAUUGGAGGAAGAACUAAGGGUUACGGAGCAAAGCAUGAAAUCACUAUACUCUUCAGUGACACAGUACUCACAGAAGGAGGACAAGUACGAGGAGGAGAUCAAGGUCCUCACCGACAAACUGAAGGAGGCUGAGACCCGUGCUGAGUUUGCUGAGAGAUCAGUAGCCAAGCUGGAGAAGACCAUCGAUGACUUGGAAGAUGAGUUGUAUUCUCAGAAACUGAAGUACAAGGCCAUCAGCGAGGAGCUGGACCACGCCCUCAACGACAUGACUUCCAUAUAAAUUGUUUACACCUCAUCAAAGACGCCUCCCGCCGGCUGAGCAGAUUCUGUCUGCUGUCUCCAGCCUGCUCUCCACUUCCCUUUCCCUCUCUGUCGUUGCUUUCCUUUCCUCUUCAUGUUUUCACCCUCACGUCAACGUUAAGUGCAUCCCAUCUCUUGUACAGAAUCCUAGAAUCUUUCUGCGUUGUGUAAAAAAAUAAACGUCCUACCUUCUAUGUAAGCUGUAUCUCUUUACUCUGUCCUGUCCUCAUCACUUCUUUUGUUUCUGUUUGAUUUUCAUUUAAUUUAUUUUCAAGCGGCUCUAAUAAGUUUCACAAAUUUCUUUUGAAUUUUGUUGCUCGACAAAAAUAGUUUAGCUUCAUUCUGUUCUUUCUGGUGUAGCUUUAGUGGGUCAAGAGAUUUUUGUUUUGUUUGUUUGUUUAAAUCAGAUAUCGUUUUGUUGCGCUGAGGUAUUAGGAAUAUCACAGAAGUGCCAUAUGCACUUUAAUUCUUAAGCAUCUUUAGGUGCCUGACUGAAGGCUGAGCCAAGUUCUCUUUUCCGUAGGAUUGGGAAUUAUGCAUGCAACAACUUUUCAUUACUUGGUGCUGUGGCAGGAUGGAAAGAUGAGAGAGUGGGAGGGAGUUAUUGUUGGAUUGUUAUCAGGAAGAAUGUGGUGAAGUCAAAUGACUGGGUUUAGGGGUAGACGACAGAGCAGUAUGUGAGAUUUGUUGAGACCCAUUUGGUUGGUGAAAUUAAAAAAAAUGGAUGAAAGUGAUAUGAAUGAUUCUGACCCACGGGCUAUGUAUGAUCCACAGUAUCCUGUCAUAUAUGUGAAUAAAUAUACAGUCACAA